CCCCCCGUGUGUCCCCUGCUCGUCUGGCUACCUCCUACUCUUCCACAAGCAGUCCCAUACAGAACAGCAUGGUCAUGGCUGACAGUGUCCAGAAAUCGCUGAUCCGGGGUCCGGUCCGAGUGGGCUUCUACGACAUCGAGCGCACUUUAGGAAAGGGCAAUUUCGCUGUCGUGAAACUGGCUCGACACCGCAUUACCAAGACCGAGGUGGCCAUUAAGAUCAUAGAUAAGACCCAACUAGAUGCUGUCAAUCUGGAGAAGAUCUACAGAGAAGUUCAGAUCAUGAAGAUGCUGGACCAUCCCCACAUCAUCAAGCUGUACCAGGUGAUGGAGACGAAGAACAUGCUUUACUUAGUCACAGAGUAUGCCAAGAAUGGGGAGAUCUUCGAUUAUCUGGCUAAGCACGGUCGUCUCAGUGAGCUAGAGGCCAGGAGGAAGUUCUGGCAGAUCUUGUCGGCUGUAGAGUACUGUCACAAUCGCAACAUUGUCCACAGGGACCUGAAGGCAGAGAAUCUGCUACUGGAUGGCCACAUGAACAUCAAGAUUGCAGAUUUUGGAUUUGGGAACUUCUUCCAGCCCGGGGAACCUCUGGCCACAUGGUGCGGCAGCCCACCAUAUGCUGCUCCUGAGGUCUUUGAGGGGCAGCAGUAUGAGGGCCCACAGCUAGACAUCUGGAGUAUGGGGGUGGUGCUAUAUGUGCUGGUAUGUGGUGCGCUGCCCUUCGAUGGGCCCACUCUGCCUGUACUUCGACAGAGAGUCCUAGAGGGAAGGUUUCGCAUCCCCUACUUCAUGACUGAAGACUGUGAGCACCUGAUCCGAAGGAUGUUGGUACUGGACCCAUCAAAGCGUCUGUCUGUGGCCCAGAUCAAGGAGCACAAGUGGAUGGCUCUGUACGCUCCCGUACAGAGGCCUGUUCUGUACCAACAGCCUCCAACUGCUGAGGGCGAGGCAGUUGUGGGAGAAUACAGCGAACAGGUCCUUCGCCUAAUGCACAGCCUUGGCAUCGACCAGCACAAGACUAUAGAGUCUCUGCAGAACAAAAGCUACAACCACUUUGCUGCUAUCUACUACCUGCUGGUGGAGCGCCUCAAGGCCCAUCGCUGUAGCUUCCCCGUCGAACAGCGCCUCGACCCCCGCCAGCGACGGCCCAGCACCAUCGCCGAACAGACUGUCGCCAAGUCGACCAGUGGUUCAGCGCAGGUGGGUUUGCUCCCGCAGGGAGUUCGUCUGUUGCGCUCCCCUGCUGUGCCCCAAGCCUCCCCUGAUGCUUUUUCCUUCCCCCAGACUACAAGUCCCCUGGAGCAGCAUUUCAUGGUGGAUGAUGUCAACAUACCCAAAGUAAAUGGCUGCCUGCUGGACCCCUUGCCUCCCCCCACUGUCCUCCGCAAGUCCUCCACUUCGUCGCCUAGCAACAUGAUGGAGACAUCGAUCGAUGAGGGCAUUGAGACUGAGGAGCCCGACACAGAGGAUGAUCCGCCCUACCUGCCCUCGGCCUAUCAAACAGCUCGGUUUGGCCAAAGGCGACACACCCUCUCUGAGGUGACCAAUCAGCCAAAGCCUUGGAACCAAGGUAAAUUAUUUGCUCUGGGCCAUAACCCCUCCAUGGGCAGUGCUGAUUCGGACAUGGGCCACGACAUGGGCUCAAUGCACAGCGACCUUGGCCUCUUGGAGGACCCCCCCUCUCUCAGUGAAGUAGUACCAGCCAACAGCUCUCCUCCUGGCGUCACUACUACACCUUUCUUGAACGCUCGGCCUGCCAACCCAGCAAUGGCCGUCCUGACGUCGCAGCACAGGGAGACUCACAACCGCUCCCCCAUCAGCUUCAGAGAAGGACGCCGUGCCUCUGACACCUCACUCACCCAAGGUCUGGUUGCAUUUCGUCAGCACCUCCAGAAUUUGGCGAGGACCAAAGGCAUCCUGGAGCUGAACAAAGUCCAGAUGCUGGUGGAGCAGAUGGGCACUGGGGAAGGGGCUGCCAUCGGCCCCCUGGGACCUCAGCACCACUUACACAACCUCCUGGAGGGUGAAGCAUCCAAGCAACAAGAGGGCCUAGCUUUAUAUCAAGGCGCGCUGCAGCCGCCUCUGCUGUCCCGCAGACAGAGUUUAGAGACACAAUACCUCACUCAUAGACUACAGGCCAACGUCUUGGCUAACAGUCCCGCUAGCUGCCAACUUUUCUGUCAGGAUACUCGAAGUUUAGAGCAACAGCUGCAGGAACACAGUGGGCUCUACUGCUCUCCUCACAGACUGAACCAGAAGAGGAUGUACCUGCAGCAAUCACAGGGCAUGGGGCUGCAGGUCUACUUCAACCAGAUGCAGAUAGCUGAAGGAUCCUUCCCGACAGGCGGCCCUGCUCUGGACCAGACGGCAUCUCAAAGUUCCCCUCAGGGCCCCUCUAUGUCAGCCGCACAGCAGCAGGGCAGUCCUCAGGCCUCGCCUCCCUUCAGCCACCCCCAUAGUCUGAGCCCCUUGAUGGAACCAGGUGAGGGCCUGGUUUAUGAUCCCUAUAUGAGCCACCACCACUACACCCAACACCUUCCCCCUGGAUCUCACCUCCAUCACCAGCUCCACCAUUCCCUGCCUCAUGAAGCCUCUUCCAGCAGCCUGGGCUUCAGCUACCCUGCAGGCUGUGAGCAGCAGGCCCUGGGGCCUUCCACUGAGGGUCUUUAUCCAGAGCAGUACGAGUUCCCACUAGACCCUGCCUGGUUGCCCCCGCCUGCUCCAGGAGAGGCUGAAGCUGGGGUUUUGGCUGCUCCGGGGCAAUCGGUUGGCCUGGGCCUGCCUGAGUUGCAGGGCUCCCUCCUGGACAGUGAGAUGAUGGAGACCGUGGACUCGCAGCAUGGCUUCGUACUGGUCAACUAAAGCCAGGAGGGUAAUAGAAAGCAGUAUUAAGCAAUGUGAACCUACACAGUACUAAGAGCAGAGAAAAUGGAGAUAAGUGGAGACCAAGCGUAGCAACAGGGAAGGAAAAGUGUUCAAUUUUGUACGACUAAUACAAACUUCAUUUCUUAGUUGUGAUGAACCUCAGACACCCUUUCUACCACAAUCCUCCCUUAGCCUACCUCCCUUUCUCCCUCUCCUCCUCUGUUCUUAUCAGCUCUGUAAGGCAGGACCAGGUCCGAUAUGGCACAAUGCAAGCUUCGCCGUGCUGACUUGGCGAGGCUACCGUUGUCACGGAUGUUGUGACACCUGUAAGGACUGCAGCGUGCAGCCUGGGUCUGCCAGAGUGCAGCAUUUCACCUAGAAAUGGUUUGGAAGUGAUCUAAUUUAGGACUGACUGUCAGACAACCAUAAAGACAAUAGCUGGCAGUGUUUUGUGUAUUUAAAAUAGGACAGCAUCAACAACAAUAGACUGAUUCUCAAAAGACUUCUGUUUUUUAUUUCAGUAGAUAAAAAAAAAAAAAACUGAACAAAAUAGCCCUCAUUUAUCACGAUACCAUGGAAAUCACCGCAAAUUCAAGUGUUAGUGUUUUUUUGUCCAGUUCAUAGAAAUGAUUUUACACACUACUGUGAGCGCAAAUGCUAGCAUGAUGAGUGCACAGGUUUCAACACUAACAUUUACACUACUCCUCCAAAAAAUAACACAUAACCCUUGAUGGUCAUUUUUCUUAACAAAUAACCUAAACAUGCUGGUUGAAGCAGCAGGUUUGGGAGUAAUGCUCCAUUUGUUGAGCUGUUUUAGUUAAUUGAUGAGUAAAAAUAAUCAAUACAACACAAACAAGCUGCAGGCUUUUGUGUAGACCAAAUGACAUAAGUAAUAGUUUUUUGUUUUUAUAACUUGUAACUACUGACCCUGAUUUAUUUCCUACACUACUGAACUGCUUUUGUCACCUUUCCUUCCUAUUGACACACUUGCCAGGUCUCAUAAUACUCCAAAAAUGAGGGUAGUUACCAGUUUUUGCAGGCGUGAUGCCCACGUCUGUUUGAAAGUUCAGUUGUGAUCAUGCGCUUUCCUGAUAAAUGAGGGCUGAUGUAAUAAAUGUGUUUGGUUGAGAAGUAGCGGUGUUUUAGACAGUCAAUAUUAUUCUAUUUUUGUGGCAAUACUGAAGCAAUAUUAAUCCUUAAUGUUGAAGGAUUAUGAAUGGAACCCUCACCUGUACAGCCAACUCUGAUUGGUUCCCGGGGACCUCUGAGUCAUCAGCAGUGACAUCACAUGAGCUGAUGAUGUAACCAGGAGAUAAUCUCCCCCUCACUUGCCCUGGAAGUGCAGGGACAAGGUGUGUGUGUGUGUGUGUGUGUGUGUGUGUGUGUGUGUGUGUGUGUGUGUGCUAAUGUGUGUGGUGUGGUGGGUGUGUGUGUGUGUGUGUGUGUGUGUGUGUGUGUGUGUGUGUGUGUGUGUCAUACUUCAAAUUAUCUGCAUCCAUCACAUCCUUUGUCUGAAAAAGACAAACUGUGCUUUCCCCCUCAGUGCACAGUUGUAGCGUUUAGAUCUAUUCGGGUUUACAUACUCAUACUCCAGUCAUGCCUCUGUGAUGUUUUACUGAUGAAUCAUGUUAAUAAUAACAGAAUGUCCCCAUAAAGAUUCCCCUCAUUAGAUUUCAUUAAAGAAUGUUUUACUCUCUGGCAUUGGGGACCCUGGGAGACAGACCAGCAGAUCAGUCACCUAACACUGGAUUUUGACUACGAGCUCACCACCGCUCUUUGAUUGACAGCGAACCAGCAACAAGAUGAGACGUCUUCAUUUUUAUUUUUACAAAUUCACUUAUAUUCAAUCUACUUGAAGUGCACAGGUGUAUCUUCUCUGGCAUAUACUUAUGAUUUAAAAACUAUAUUGAGAGGGUUAUGGGUUGAGAUGAGAUUAGUGGACUGUGACCAUCUGCCAGACUGCGUGACCUUCAGUGGUCGUGGGUUCAACUGUUCGAGUGUUUGUUUGUCAGCCUUCAAAACAAGACAGUCGCUCUUAGGAUGUAGACCAGACUGAGCAGAUAUCUUAGAGUUCACAAUCAGAUUCUAAAUUACCAAAGUGGUAUGGAGAGGAAUCUUUACAGUUGCAGUUAACUUAAAAAAAAAAAGGCUACAAAAUGUGGACCAACUGUGGUUGCAGUCCUGUGCAUGACUGAAAGGAAAAAUCCACCCUAAAAUGCUUUUAACACUGUUUAACAACACGUUAAGGCUGCAAGUAAUGAUCCGAUUAUCUUAUGAUUCUAUCUAUUGAUUGUUUGGUCUAUAAAAUGACAGAAAAUGUUUAAAAAAAAAGGCCAUCACAGUGUAAUCUGUGUGAGUGGGUCUGGGCCCAAGUUGACAUAUUCAGCCUUGUCUGACCAACAGUCCAAAAUCAUGUUAAGUUAAACUUAUUUAAUUUUCUCUCAAGUCUGAUAAACCUUAUUUGCACUUUUGUGGAGGAAAAAAGAAGAAAACAUGUUGAGUAUCAAAACUGAUGCUGAAUAAUUGGAUAUCCACUCUAGCUCUGACAUUUAACAAGCGACCAGAAAUAUUAACUCAACAAAAAUCUUGUACCCAACCACAAGACAUGUUGCCAAACAGGUCUUGUGGUUGUUAAUAGUUCCACCCUAACAUUUACUGAUGCUAUGUUUUAUACGGUCAUACACCCACAUUUUAUUGACAGAAAUAAGCUCACGCCCAAUUUCGUGGGUCACGUUAAGAAUGUCUUUUAGAAAGAGAAGGAACUGCAGUACAAGAUUGUGAGGCAGGUUAAACGUAAAAUAAUAAUUCUCGACAUUAAAAUUGAGGAAACAUGGCAGUGGGAGAGUUUUAAAGGGUGGAUUUCACCUUUUAAGUGAAUAUUUUGAUGACUGUUUGCUUUCAUUUUGUCAAUGGUCAGGCUAGAAGAGCUACAGGAUGAUCUGUGGAAGUUGAAUACUGGAGCACUUUGAUAACAAGGGGAAGAAGAGAUGUAGCGAGACGGGAGGUGGGAGAAGGUUUGGAUCGUUUUGCUGUUUCCUGGCAGUUGAAACGAAACAUAAUCUGUAGGAAACCGCUCUCUUCCCCACCAAUAAUGGACACAAAACAAAUUUCUUUCAAAGAAAGACCAGACGGUAACAUUUUAUCUGAUUGUUGAUUUUAAUGCAAGUAGGAGAAACACUUCUGAGUGUUCUUUGUACAAAUUAGUGGGGUAGUGAAUCUUCGGUGCACCGAGGUGAAUCUUGUGUUCAACGUGAAGUGUUCAGUGUGCCUUUUACUUUUUCGUAUUUUCAAUCUAAAUUAAGAUUUUGAAUAGUAACAUUAUUUCUGGUUGGACCCUUUUCAUCCAUUUUAUUUUAAUUUUUGUUUUUCUGAAAAUAAAUAGAGCGAGGUUUUAACAAAGGUACAAAACCAAAGUCCCUCAGAAGUUUCCCUGUACGACCCACCGUGUGGAGUUUUGGAGCUUCUUUGUCUGCUUCUCUACCAUGCUUUUUCUUGUUGGUCAAUCAGUGUAUGCCAUUUAAAAGUAUUAUAGCAAUAUUUCUCUAGUUAAAGACUAAAGUCAUGAAGAUUCUAGUGGACGUGUUUCUAAGUAUCAUAAUUUCACCUGCUGAUAAAACAAAAACAUCAAUCUUAUCAAUAGAAAUCCAGUUUUAUAUUUACCUUCAUUGAUGUUGACCACACAUAAGCUAACUUGCUGUUGAGAUUAAAAAAAGGUUUAUUGAACAUAAA